AUGUAUAAUAGCAUUUUCGAUGCAGAUGAUCACAUCGUUCAGGCUCAGACAAAGCAGAAUAAAAACCCCCGCCCCAAAGUCCAAAUGUUACAUCUCUUCAUCUGCAGUAACCACAACAGCCGUCACGCAGUCCACGGAGAAUCUGAUACGCUACCCGAUAAAGCUGGGGCCAGCAAAACGCCACAGUCAAAGCUACUACGCUACCAUACUACGGGUAUAGCGUCGAAGCAACAACUACUACGUCAUAUGUUAAGCAGUGGUAGCGGCGGUUGGCUUGUCGAUGUGGUGUCGAUUGUUACAUCUUUACAACCCCGAUGGGGCUGCGGCGACGUGGGGUCAUCAAAUAGCAACAUUGUCCUAGUCCUGCAGGACGGCAUGAUUGCCCACUCAGCCCUGCGAGCCGAAAUACCACGGCGACUAGUGUGCAGAUUAGCCGGAACUCUUGCAUAUACGUAUUCCACACAUGCCGUAAUUUAUGGAGAACGAGUAGUGACUAGUCCUCUUGCGCGGGCUGGCGUACGCGAUUGUACCGUAGUGCCAGGAGUAGCAAAAAAGAUUGUUUGGCCGGAUAGAUGACUGCCUGCACAACAUGGGGUGACAAGUGAGUAUAAAAACGCCUAGCGCUU